AAGAGUCAAAUAUAGUCGACCAGUCAGCCAGACCGCAACGAUAAAAUAGACUCGAGGCUUGACUGAACGAACGAGCUUUUUCUUUAUUUUAUACUGAAUUCGAAUAAAGCAGAGAGAAUUUGAAAUUUUUCUUUUUUGCUUCAGUUAAGAGAUGGCAUUUCAACGUCCGUUUUUGAUUUCUCUGAAGAGAUCGGAUUCCAGCAAUAGGUGGGGGUUUGGCAUCAAAGGGGGACGAGAUUAUGACGAACCCCUUAGAAUACAGUCGGUAUUGGAUGACAGCCUUGCCGAAAGAUCUGGAUUGCGAGAGGGCGACGAAAUUAUACAGGUGGGGAAAGUGAAUGUGCAGGACCUGACCAUUGGUCAAGUGCACGAGUUGCUGGCCAGAUGCGGCAACAGGAUAGAGAUGUUUGUAGUCAGAGAGGAUCUACUUUCCCCUAGAAAAGGAAAGGAGCCUCCAGUUGUAAAGGCAGUUGUACACAAUCCAUACAAUUCUCCCUUGUCUUUGUACUCAACUGAAAAUAUUGCUGAGACGCUUGCUAAGCAAACAGAAGUAUUGACAGAGGGACAAAUUUCUGCAGAGGAAGACGAAGGUCCAGAAAAUUUGAGUUUCAAAGAGAAAUCAGCUGUAUUUAAACUGUUGGAAGAACAAUCGAAAGAAGAGGGAGGUUAUACCAGGCAACAAAGCCCUCAAGUGCGGAAACCUAAAACUGCUCCGCCUCCACCACCGAAACCCAAGCCACCAUCAGGCGAACAAUAUUAUAACGGUUACGAUUCACAUCAACAAGUGUACCAAGACCAGCAGAGAUCCAAUCGUGUAGAGUACCAGACUACUCAGAAGGUCGUCAAUCAAUAUCAGUACCAACAGGAGCAACCUGUUCAGUACCAGCAGACUACAGUUUACCAAACAAGUUCUCAUCAAAGAUCUCCUGGAUAUCAGUCCCCAUUGAGAGAGAAUUAUCAGGAGCCAAAUUACCAGACAACAGUCAGUAGCUAUCAGACCUACCAGAAUCAACAACCACCGGCAACUAAUUAUCAGAAAACCUAUCAGCAGAAUACUUAUCAGUAUCAAACUCAAGGUUAUCAGUCACCUGUUGCCACUACUAAGCAACAGCAUCCUGGUUAUCAGUCACCCAGUGCUACAACUUACCAACCAUUAAACCAAAUAAAUUACCAGCAAAAUCAGAGUUAUCAAAGUCGUUCUCCUACUCAGCAGAGUCAGCAGACAACUUAUCAACAAACUAAUUAUCAAAGCCAACCAUCAACUCAGCAACAAGUUAAUUAUCAGCAAAACCAACAGCAGACUAAUUAUCUGAAAAGCCAGCAACAAACCAACUACCAAAAAAGCCAACAAGAAGCUAAUUAUCAGAAUCAGAAAAGUCAACAGCAAACUAGCAAUCAGCAAGCGCAGCAAGCCAGUUACCAACAACCAAAUCCUGCACAUUCACCGACUGCUGUAUCAAAAGCAGAGUUUAAAAUCGGCCCUCCUCCACCACCUCGCAGUACAUCGAGCAAGCAAGAUACCAGCAAUAUGACUGCCAUCUACCGUCAACAAUACGAACAGCAUCUGCAGAAGCAGUAUGAGCAGCAGAUUCUUAUGAACAAUCAUAUCGAUGAUGAAUCGAAACCCAAAGCGCACAUCAUUGAAGGAGAGAUCUUCGAGCACAACUCCACUUCGGGAACGCCCAUCACUUACAAGGCCCCACCAUCCGCACCACCAAAGCCCAACUGGCCACCACCGCCAUCAUCAGAUCAUUUCAGGAGCCCCGUGCCAGACUGCCCCAGUGGCUCUCACAACGUCGCUUCCGUCUGGCCUCCAAAGAAAUCAUCGGCCGUAGAAUUGCCCAAAACAGGCUUUAACCCAGCAGCUGUCAGAGAACAAGGAACAGGCAGACGAUGCGUAUGGCCGCCCCCAAGUGAUGAGUACCGAAGUGGACGCAAUACUCCUCAAUCCCCCAUCACAGGACGUCGUAUCCAAUGGAAUCCCUCCCCUUCCCCACCCGUAACCCGAAAAGCAACCUUCAGUCCUUCCCACUCCCCUGCUAGGAGGAAGGACAUUGUCUGGCCCCCUCCAGCCCCCAACGCCUUCAACGAUAAAGAAAACAUCCCCCGUCCAAGCCCCAAAACGACCCGAAAGGCUAGAUUCGACGAUUAUAUUCAUGAACAUGCUUCCAUCAAUGUUCCCCAGACUUACAGGCCACCCCCAGGCACGCAGCACGUCGAAUUUCAUUAAUCGGCCCUUCUUCACCUUUAAAGCCCGUUGAAUCAUGAUUAUAUAUUUUUUUGUGUAAUAUUUAGUUCUUUACAGUAGUUAUUAUAUUUUGUUUUAAUACAUCCUCGCUGUUGAAGCUAUAUGUUGAUAAAUAUUAUAGAUUUAUACGAUUUUGUUUUUCUUGUUUUUUUUCUUUUUUUUUCCAUUCUGAAUAUUUAUGAAGUGUGAAAUUUUUUAAGAGGAAAGAGAGAUAUAAGGAUAUAUAGAAUUAUGGAUUCUUUUGAUAGAUUAUUAUUAUUAUUAUUAUUUUGUUAGAGUUUACAAUAUGAUUGAGGUGACGAGGCCUUGGGGAUUAAAUGAUAUCUUGUUUUUGUUCAAACACGAGUUCGAAAAUCAAAAUAAUAUUCCGGUCCUUUGGAAUGCCGGGAAAUUGUUGUGUUUGUUGCUAUAGUUUAGAUUACGAUAUUAUUGAUAAUAUUAAAAUUCUUUUAUCUUUUUUUUAUGUGUGAGUUUGAAUAAUCGUCAGCUUAAUUUCUGUCAGCCGUUGGCCUUUGAAAAUAUUAGCACAACUGAUGCCUCUCACAUAGGUUGUCUCUUAUCUUCAGUUACGUUAAAGCCAAUGCCUAAGAACCAAUUUUCAAACCAAUGUCUAAGAACCAUUGGCAGUCCUUCUAUCUGCAUCUUGUCCUUCAUCUUUACUUUUUGAAGUCUUUAAGAAUUUCUCCAAUCUGUGUUUGUCAAUAUUUUUCUAUCUUCCGUUGCUCGUGAUGUGUCCAAUUCCAUUGUGUUGAGAAAGUGAGGACUAGCAGGGGCUUUGUUGAUAAAAGCCAGAUCCAAUAGCUGGUGACCUGAUGCUCCUCUCUAGGACAAGCUGACAGAUCCCAAUGCGUAGAAAGAACUUCUUUUACGUUACUUUUCUUGAAAUUGUCGAAGUGAAUGUUAGAGAUUUUAAAUGGACACGCCGAUCUCACAGCAACAGCUAAUGGAUUAUUUCUUUCAUCUUUUCAAAGCUUCUUGCUCUUUUUUGCCAACUUUCUCGUUUGUGAUAUCUGUCCAAAACUGAAUUAACACACCGCUGAACUUAUUAAAAUGGAACUGCAUUGGAUAACAUUUCCAAUUGUGUCAUUAAUUCACAACCACUGUGAACUGCUUAUAAUCGAUUGGAGCUACUGUUUCUGUGAUAGCAUAAUAAAUACAAUUUGAUUCAA